CCACCUGUCAGUGUCCAUCAGUGCCAGCUCUCAGUGCUCAUCCAUGCCACCUGCCAGUGCCCAUUAGUGCCAUAUCACUGCCUUUCAGUGUCACCCAUCAGUGCCAGUCAGUGCACCUAUCAAUGCCAGUCAGUGCUACCUAUCAGUGCUGCCAAUCAGUGCCACCUAUCAGUGCCAGACCAUCCUGCCUAUCAGUGUGCAUCAGUGCUGCCUAUCAGUUCCCGUCAGUGCUGCCUAUCAGUGCCGCCUAACAGUGCCAGUCAGUGCCACCUAACAGUGCCAGUCAGU